AUGGUUGAGAUGGAAAAUAACCGUGUUAAGAUGAUAAAGUUGCGUUUGCAGCACGAGUUCAACAUCAAAGUCCUUGACGAGUGGUUGUCCGGAUGCGUGCUCUUCAGCCUGCAAGAAAAUCCGAAGAUCUCGAACGAAAACUUGUUCCAAUUUGCAUACAGCCAAUGGCUGUUAGCCGACCUGACCAAUAUUGGCAUUCCUGUGCUGCCUCCUGACUUUGACAAGAAAGUGGAGCAGCACACUCUCAGCGGAUCAUUUCCUCUGCAGAUGCAGUACAUGAUUGAUAUUUCCGAACCAGCGUAUGAGCAAUGGAGGAAUUUGUAUGAUAAAAAGCUGGACGAAGCGGACGAUGAGGUCCAGAUGAGGCGGAAUCAAGCACCCAACGUUAAAAAGCGUCGAAUGUUAAAACUUAUGCUGACCGACGGAAAACAAACCGUCGUGGCUCUGGAGCACAGUCCGAUUAGCUGCUUAUACACCCAAUUGCUGCCUGGGUUGAAAUUGCAACUAACCGGACCAUUGCGUUGCGUCAAUAAUGUUAUCUUUUUAGAAUCGAAAAAUGUGCGGGUGCUGGGUGGAGAAGUUGACGUUCUGCUGAUAACGAAUGCCUAUGAAAAUGUUCUCCUACGCGUUUUAAACAGACCAGCUAACCCCAAUCCAAAACUAGAUUAUGAGGAAGUAGAAGUGUCCGAGAUAAAAAAUCGUCCAAAUUAUAAAGCCAUAGAAUCGAUUCCGAUGAACACGCACAGCGUCGCAAAGGAGUAUCAGAGGAAAUCACAGGUAGUGGACGAAGAAGACGUUGACGAUUCGUUGCUCUUGGGAAUUGAUUUGGAUAUGGUGGAAGGAAGUCAACCGGAUGUACGCUUAGGGUCGAGCAAACCCGAACAAGUGGCUGCAAUUAGUACACUCAUGGAUGACGAUGACGAACACGACAUCGUGCAGCUGGUGGACGCAGCGAAUGUGUCGGAAAUUAUGAACCAUCAGGUGACCUCUACCAGACAUUCCCAAUCGUCACCGGUUAGCGCCAAAUCCAUCUCUAUUCAAACUCGUCCGAAACCGUCAUUUUAUGAACCGAUGGAAGAUGAUAUAGAUAUGUUAAAUACGUUGGAAGAUGAAAUAAGAAGUGAACUUCAUGACGCAUUUCCAAAAAAUCCACCAGAUGGAAAAUCAAGUACCUUAGAAUCUCCGAAAGUGAAGAAAAUUCGGAUGAUGGAUGAAUAUAUAUCUCCGCCUUUAAAAGAUACGAAAACCUCCAGCACAACAUCAGCUUUACCAUCCUUCCGCAGUGGUUGUACAUCAACAGUCUCCAAGGAAUCUAUGGUUCCUCAGCCUUCGACCAGUAAAACGUUCAACAAUUUCAAUGUCUCAACUUUGUUUGAUGAUAGCAUGGACUGUAUUCAGAAAAUUGUCACUAACAACGCUUUAUCCAAGCCCAACAUACUUUGUUCCGACUACGCUUUCUGUAUAGAUGGAGUAAACUUGGCAACGAUCGAACAAAUCUUGGCCCUUUCAGACCAAAGUCGUGCUGGUUCGACUUUUUUGGUAUAUUGCGAAGUAAGUGGUGUUAACGAUCAGCCACGUAUCCGUAAGCAGCAGUGGCACCUAAGCCUUCAGUUAACGGACCAUUCUGAUGUACUCAACUCAGUACGGUUACAUGAUAACGUGGUCGCAAAAAUGGUGAAACAUGAAGCGGCAGAUUUGAUGCAAAUGCGCAAAAUAGAUAAAGAAGGAGUGUUGCGACUGCUCGAUUCAAUUUUGCACGAUUUUACGGAGUUGUUGCAGGAAAUUAAGUGCUUUUGGCGAAUAGUUUACCCCGCUGAACCCGGAGAUUCUGAAAAUUUACCAAUCGUAAUGGCGACGUACGAGAUGAACGAAGAACGCGGUGCUAUAUUGUUGGAUAAAAUCAUCAAGGAAAACUGUAGUCAACUAAGGAAAAUGUUGUAG